UGUGUAGGUGGGACCCGCCACGGAGAUCUUUCAGGGCCCUCAGUCUCCUCUGCCUUGAUUUUUCUUGUCGCUCUUCUGGUUUGCUUCUUCUCUCACCUCUCCGUUCUGCCCCAGGCCCAAAUAUACUUUCAAAUCUCAGAAAGAGUGUGAAAUCGAAAGCCGAGAGAUCUGGGGUUUCGACAUUCAGCUUGUGGAGGCAGAUUUCUUAAGGCUCGAGUUGCUUGGUUUCCUGCUUUUGUGAUCGGGCAACGUCUGGUUCGAUAAGUUGCAGUUUAUUGGUUUCUGUUAUCUUCGAAAGUUUAAAUCAGAUUCAUUCCAGCAAAAGAUAAAUCCUUAGGCCGUGAAGCUCAACUCUGGAGUAUGAUGGAGAGCAUCUUUGGUCAAGGACUUGAUUCAGAAGAAAGCAAUAGGGAUUUGCAAGUUGAAACCUUCAACGAACAUCAAACAACAGAUAGUGACCUCUCAAAAAAUGUUGAUUUAUGUAUAGGUGGCAAUGACAAGUUUGAAGAACAAUCAGUUGAAACAAUACCUGCCAAUGCAGAUGCCUUGGAACCAUAUGUUGGUAUGGAGUUUAAAUCAAGAGAUGAGGCUAGGGAAUUUUAUGUUGCCUAUGGAAGGCGGACGGGUUUCACUGUUCGCAUUCAUCAUAAUCGGCGUUCACGACUAAAUAAUGCUGUCAUUGGUCAAGAUUUUGUUUGCUCAAAAGAGGGCUUUCGUGCAAAGAAAUAUGUAUACAGAAAAGAUAGAAUUCUUCCUCCACCACCUGUAACUAGGGAAGGAUGUAAUGCAAUGUUAAGGCUAGCUCUAAGAGAUGGAGUGAAGUGGGUUGUUACCAAAUUUGUAAAAGAGCAUAGUCACAAGUUAAUGAGUCCUAGUAAAGUUCCAUGGCGGCGAUCAGAAAGGAUUUUAAUCAGUGAGGAUGAGAAAGAUAAGAAAAUUCGAGAAUUGUCCCUUGAGUUAUACAAUGAAAAACGGCGAUGCCAACGGCGUUGUGCAGCAUAUCAGGAACAGCUAAACAUGAUCUUGAAAGAUGUAGAAGACCACACUCAACAUCUAUCAAAAAGAGUUCAAGAUAUAGUUCAGAGCAUAAAAGAACUUGAAGAUGAGACUGAGAGUUCACAGUGCAGAUGAGAUGAGAGUGAGUGCUGUUUGUACUGGCUUCUUUUUACGUUCAAAGGCCAACUACAUCCAUUUCCACUUUCCUAGGAUAAUUAAGUUAACUAAUUUUGAUAGGGUUUAUCUCAGGGUCUGUAAACCACUGAAUUGACUAUACUAGGGAAAUAUGUAGGUGGUAAUUACCUCCUAUGGAUGACAGCACUGCAUCAACUGUAGUUGGUAAUUACUAUCUGUGGUCAUCUGCUUUUAGCAGAAGAUUUAUUAGUAGAGUGGAAUGGAGUAAUAGGAUUCAUGUGGGAAACUCCAAUAACUUGGACAAAGAUCAGAUGAUGAUGAUGAUGAUGAUACAGAAGCACCUAUAAGAAUGGAAAGGAUGUAGUGGUGUCAUAGCUGCCAUAUUUUCUUGCUAUGGCAAAGGAAAUUGGCUGGGCCAAAAAAGGUUUACUCAAUCUGAUGGGAUAACUGUGAACACUCUCUUUAACUCGAUCUGAUAAGGGAACUGUGAAAACUCUUCUGUGAAUGAUGAUGCUGUGACUCACAUGUACAGGCCUUGCAUCUUAGUUGGGACUCUUGCCGUUUGUAGAACACCAAAUAAGAGGGGACAGAAGAAUGGAUAUUGGACACAUUCAGAAAUAACGUGGUUACUGAUCUAUUGAUAUAUGGCCUAUAAUCAGUCUUUUCUUUUUAAUUUUAGGGUAACUUACAGACAUCUACCUUAUACUUGGGGGGUGGUGACACUUAGGCUCUUGAACUUUGUUUUGUGACAAAGACCCCCGAAACUUCUGGUUUCCAACACUUUGCCCUGCCAUUGAUAUGCUGUCAGUUAACUUUAUUGAACCCCACAUUUUGCCCUUUUGACUUAA